AGAGAUAGAUUAAAGAUCAAAUUAUUUAAAAUAUACAAAAAAGCCGAAAAAGAAGACCGAAAAGUCAUUGAUAUUUUAAUCAAUUUAUUAAACAAAUUACCGAAUGAAGAAACUAUAAACUAUACUAUUGAAGAAGAAGAGCUUAUUAACAACUUCGUUGAUCCUAUACUCAGUCCUUUAUUGCAUAGACCAGAAAAAGAAAAACAUUUUUUAUGGUAA